AUGAAGGGUGAACCGCAAGUAAUCGAUUAUCUGAACAAGGCUUUGCGGCAUGAGUUGACCGCGGUCAGCCAGUACUGGGUCCAUGCGCGCCUUCUUGCGGACUGGGGCUUCGGCAAGCUCGCCGACAAGGAACUGGAAGAAGCAGACGAGGAGCGUCAGCACGCCCAGGAUCUGAUGGAUCGGAUUAUCUUUCUGGAAGGGCUGCCCAACCUGCAGACACUCGAUCCGCUGCGUAUCGGUCAAAAUGUCAAGGAAUGCCUGGAAGGUGAUCUUGCGGCAGAAUAUGUCGCCCGCGCUCUCUAUCAUGAAGCACGCGAAAUCUGUCGCGACCUCGGGGACUACGUGUCCAUGGCGUUGUUUGAAAAACUCCUCAGCGAUGAAGAAAGUCAUAUCGAUUAUCUGGAGACCCAGCUCGACCUUAUCGAGCGGAUCGGCAUCGACAACUAUUCUCUCCUGCAGGCGAAAUCGGCUGACCAGGCCGAAUAG